GAAGUAUUGUACAAUAACUGGUUUUUCUUUUAGAAUCCCUGAAAUAUAAUGCUCUGAAAACAUCCUAGGACAUUUUCUCUUUAUAUCACCAAAACUAAAGGAGACAAUGAAUACCAAAUGGAAACUGCUGUUAUUGAUUGCAUUUGCUUUAUCCUUGAUGUGGAUUAUGCAUCGUUCUCAAAUAAAGAAGAACCUGCAGAAGAUGAACUUCUGCUGGGAUCAAGAAACAGGAGAACCUCAGCUCUCAGACUGGUUUAAUCCUAAAAAACGUCCUGAUGUAAUAGCAACAACCAACUGGCUUGCUCCAGUCAUAUGGGAAGGAACUUACAAUAGACCGGUCCUGGAAAAAUACUACAAAAGGCUAAACAUCACUAUAGGAUUGGCUGUAAUAUGUGUUCCCGGAAAGUUUUCAAAUCAGAGCCUGGCUGACUUCAUCCAGUCUGCAAACAAGCACUUCCUCUUUGGCUACAACGUUGUCUUUUACUUCUUGCUGGAUGUCUUCUCCACCCUGCCUCCCAUAGCCUUAGGUCCCCUUCGAACAUUUAAGAUGGUGAUGUGUUUAAAGCCCAGACUCCUAACCAGGAAGCCCAAGGAGCCCCAGAAGUCAGAGAGGCCCCAGACGUGCACAUGGAGGUGCCUGUGGACGAGACCAAAAAGCUUUUUCCCCAACAACUUUCGAGAUGCAUUUUUAGAAGGGGAGGAAGGAGAGGGGCGCCUUGGCAGCAGAUGUGGGGGAGGCUCCGUUGUUCUGAGUACCCCGGGCAUCGGUUUUGUGGGCUGUCAGUGUGGUGUGAACGACAAGUCUUGGCUGAGGUUGCGUGUGGCACAGACUCUGUAG